AAACUCGCCGGCCACUGGGCCGUAAACUUAUUUCCGAUCUGAGCUUGGAGCCGAGCACAACGCAUCCCAACCGGAAUCAAACAAAUCACCAGCAGCCAGUGGCCAUGAAGUGCACUUUGCUAACCACCUUGCUGGCAUCCCUGGCGGUUUGCUCCUUGGCCGCCCCCUUUGAUUUGGGUGAUCUCUUCUCGGGUUUCCAGCCGCUGGAGAAACAGGAUGUGGUGAAGCGACAGGUGCAGGCCAAUCCUGAUGCCGAGCUGAAGCAGAUCUCGUUUCAUGGCCUGAUUGGAGAUCUGGAGGAUAGUCUUUUCCAGUCUGCGUUGAGUCUUCACCAGGCUAGUGCCCCGGGCAGCGAAGUGGAGGAGGUGAAACCGGAAUCCCAGGUGGCUAUCGCAGAGGAUGAGGAGCAUGCUUUGACCAAGCGAUCGGAUGAGAGCACACCAGCCACAGAUGCUGCGACAUCCCCAUCCUCCGAUGACGGCCUGUCCCGCAAGAUCCUGCUGCAGACCACCAGGAAGGUGCCGAAUAGCGACGAUGGUGUGCCCGCCCAUCUGAUCAUCGAUCAUGUCUCGGUGCAGCCACACAAUGGUGGUGCCCUGCCGCUCAUACCCACCUUCCAGGUGCACCACACCAAGCUGAUCUCGGCCACCAUCAAGGAGGAUUCGAGCAGCGACAGCAGUGAUGGCAAGCAGACCAAGAUUAGCAUUACCAAGACCUCGAUUACGUCCACGGCGCCCAUUGAGAGUGUGGAGGAGGCGGUGGCUCUGGCUGGAGCUGCCACCAGUACCACCGAGGAAGCCUCUACCUCUAAGGCGGAGGAGAGCACCACUAAGGCAGCGGAGAAGGAGGAGGGCUCCACCACCAUCUUGACCCUUGUGAGCAGCUCCUCUUCCUCCUCCAGCACUUCCACCACCACCACCACCACGGAGGAGCCCAUCCAGAAGCUGAAGAAGGACGAGGAGAAGCUCAAGGAGAAGGUGGCCGAGGUGGAGGCCGAUCCCGUCAUCCUUUCGGCUCGCGUUUAAGCCAGUCGACCCCUUGAGCCCUCUAGUUGUAACCCACACUCUCAUCCUCCUCAUCCAACCGCCAAUCUCACAUAUUUAUGACACGCCAAGUUCAAUUAAAGUCAUGUGAUUCGAUCUGA